UGUCCCAUAAAAAAGGGCUCGCUCUCCUCCAUAGUAUAAGGAAAUGCACGACUCCAAUAUUUUUAGAAGGAGGAUUCUUACGUUUAUUUAUUGCAAAUAAAUAAAUGCCAUAUUCAUGGACUGAAUAUGGCAUGGACUGCAAACUCUGCUUGCAUAUUUUUCAAUUUUUAUAAACACGUUACCCUUCCUGUGACAUUAAGGCUUAAUUUUGUUUCCUACUGGUAAAGAGAGAAUUUGUUUCCAAGGUGGGGAAGCCAUUAGGAUUUAGAUGUGUGUGUAUCUAUGUUUGUAAAACAUUUAACUCUUAUAAAACAUCUGUGCAUGAAACACUGUAGGUAAUGCUGCAUUAGACUUAGAUCGGGACUUGAACUGGCGACCUGCAAAUUGCAGGACAAACUCCAGUUACCCUAAUCACCAUCUCUCAUACAACAUGGGAAAAUGUAUUUGGUCACACAGUUGGUUACUGAUGAGGUAACCAGAGAAUUGCAAAAACCAAAGACACAUCUGGUCCCUGUUACGCAUGUCGAUGUCAAUUUAUUUAUGUAACAGAUAAGAACAACAGAUGAUGACCAAAGUCCUGCACAAAUAAAGCAAGAUAACAACAAGAACUUGUUUUAAGAGCAAGAAUUUUUUUAAACUGCAAAUUAACUUCAUUGCCUGUCAUUAUAAAAGAAACCCAAACUCUGCUUGAUUCAAAUAAGUCGAGAUUUAAAAGUCUCGAAAAGGUAAAACCAUUUCAAAGUUAAGGAGCACAAAUUUCACAAGCCCUGAUUACUUCUGAAAACCCUCAAAUCUUCGUUUGAGGUUACACAGCUCACAUCUGGUCACAUGCACCAGCGGCAGCUACCCCUGCACUUUUUUCCCUGGUGCACACACACCUGACAUUUAGUGAGUAAUUGCUAUUCUGGAUGCCGCUGCAUAGCCUGCACCACUCUGCAAGCCAAACAGCGGUUUUAGGUGAAGCACUAAUGUGGUGGUGUGGUUUCAUAUUCCACUUUCUGUAACAGCUGCUGCUCACUGUGCAGAAAGUGUUAGGGUUAGAGUAGGAACAUCAAUGUAAUGAAAAGCAGUAAUUUAAUUCACUGCCAAAGAAGCAAUCGAAACAUUGUACAACUGCAGACCUGCAUUUCUUCAAAACGUUUUGAAAAAUAUCUCUAACUCUUAGUUUCUCCACUCUUCAUGAGGUUGUUGGACCAAAUGUGUUCCAGUCAUAAAUCAAUGUUUGUUACCAAGUAUUGAUAUGCUUCAGUCAUGCACCCAUAUAUGUGGCCAUCACAGGUUCAAGUCACAGCCCAACUGCCUUUGCUGCAUGUCUUUCCCUUCUCACACAACCCAAUUUCCUGUCUGACAACAACUGUCAAAUAAAGGCCACUAGAGCAUUACUGUAGUCUACAACUACGACAGUCUACAAUCUCAAUGUCAGUUUUGUGGAUUUUCAGUAGUGGCAUUGUGGUUGCUACGAAAAUCUAACAUCUGUCAUUUGCUUAUGUUGCCUUGAUCUCGCACCAGUCAACAAACCUCUGAGUCCACUCACUGUCUUUUAUCUGGUUCAUGCUCAACUGUCUGUGACUUUAUGUUAAAUUCAUCCAAAACAUGUGAGGAUCACACAAUGCAAAGUAUUGAUAGAAAAAUUUGUGAUGCAGAGGGUGACCAGAAAUGGAGCUGGUGCCUUCCCCCUCCUCGACUGUGGAUCAGUGUGUCAGACACACACAACCUUGUGUCCUCACGUACUGUGAGUAAAUGGUUACAUAGUUCGGUAUCAAGUGAAGCACAAGGUCUGCAGUGCUCAAUGUAAAGGCACUGUCCAAGUAAAAAAAAAAGUAGUGAAAUCCUGUCUCUGCCACAGUUAUUCUGGUGAUAUUAGAAGUCAAUGUUUAAACGGUUUAAAAUGUUACAAAACUCGAGAUACAUUGCAGCACAAGGCAUGUACAGAAGCAGUGAAAACUACACUCAGUAAUGUUUACGAAGAGAGACGAGUGAUACUCCACUGGAAAUUAGUUUUACUCAUCUGUCACUAGUGUAUUGGAUAAAACUUAAAGUUAGCAAGAGAGAUAAUGCAGCAUUAAGAAUUCUCCAAAGCUGUUGGGAAUACUCAAUAUUCCAAAAUGUCAUUGUCUCAAACAACACGUUUUGAAAGUUUGGAAAAGCUUAAUUAUCCUUCUUAUUAGUCAGAGUGUGAAUACAGGUAUCUUAAAUUACAAUUCUGGGUCGUCUAAAAGCAAAUUUAGAUCGAAAUUCAGAACGCAAACGGGUCAGUCUUACUAAAACCGUUACCAUACAGUGAGGGCUUUCUCCCCUUGACCGGGCCAAUCAGCGAAGAGAAAAAGAAAUUGUGAAUGAUGACGUUUAUUUUCUGCGCUGUAGUCUGGCUGUAGUUUUAGCGAUAGCAGUGGCGCAAGGGAAGGAAGCCGUUCAGUCCGUCGUUAGCAAGGCUUCCAAAUGUUGAAUUAACAUCAAGCAGCACCUCGUUGGGAUCGGUUCUUCUCUCCUUACAGUGGAGGACGGGUGUUUACAGCGCAGGCAACUGGCGCAUUCCUAAAUACGUCACGGACAAACGUUAAAACCUCGACACAGUUCACGCCUCCCGGAAGCAAACAGCCCAGGCCCUCUGUACGGAGCAAGGAGUAGUACAAGGGGGCGUUUUAUUUACCAGGCAACGAGAACACUGGUUUAAAGGCAAUGUUGGGUCCGGCGUGAUGCUGUGAAACAGCCUCGGUUUAGUUCCUUGCGAGCUCUGCUCAGAUGCACUGUUAGCGUCUCUUUGACGUCGUAGGAGAAGCAGGUCAGAUUAAUUAUGACUUAGAAACAUGUCUGUUAAAGAAGGCAAUGAAGGGAAAUCGAGCUUGCACCACACCGAUUUGUACAGUAGCGUCCCUCCAACAUGUCUGCCCAUCGUGUAUCACCCUGACUAUAACAUCACAUUCAUGGGCCUGGAAAAGCUCCACCCAUUUGACUCAGGGAAGUGGGGAAAAGUCAUCCGCUUCCUCAAAGAGGAGCAGUUCAUCACUGAUGAGAACAUUGUAGAAGCCCGUGAAGCGUCAGAGGAGGAUCUGCUGGUGGUGCACACGAAGCGUUACCUCAGUAGUUUAAAGUGGUCUUUUGUGGUGGCAACUAUCACUGAAAUCCCACCCCUGGUGAUUUUACCUAACUGUCUGGUUCAGCAGAGGGUGCUGAGACCUUUACGGACCCAAACAGGAGGAACAAUAAUGGCCGGAAAGCUGGCUGUAGAGCGAGGAUGGGCCAUAAAUGUAGGGGGAGGCUUCCACCACUGCUCCGGUGACAAGGGAGGUGGCUUCUGCGCCUAUGCUGACAUCACACUGGCCAUCAAGUUUCUCUUUGAGAGAGUGGAAGGCAUCUCCAGAGCCACCAUCAUUGACCUUGAUGCUCAUCAGGGAAAUGGACACGAGCGAGACUUUUUGGGCGACACCAGAGUGUUCAUAAUGGACAUGUAUAAUCACAACAUCUAUCCCGGGGACGGAUAUGCCAAACGAGCCAUAAAGAGGAAGGUGGAGCUGGACUGGGGCACUGAAGACUCAGAGUACCUUCAGAAGGUGGAGCUUCACUCUGAGGGAGCGCUGAACGAGGUUCGUCCUGAUGUCAUUGUCUAUAAUGCAGGGACAGACAUCUUGGACGGGGAUCUCCUCGGAGGCCUCUCCAUAUCUCCACAGGGCAUUGUGAAAAGGGACGAGAUUGUGUUCAGGGCCGCAAAGCAACGAGGUAUUCCCAUCCUGAUGGUGACGUCAGGAGGGUACCAGAAGAAAACGGCACGGAUUAUCGCUGACUCCAUCCUUAACUUACGUCAGCAGGGUCUGAUUGGAGCCAAAGCUCUGGAGAGGGAGGGAUUGUCACAACUGGUGACCCACUUGACCCAAAGCUCUGGUUCUGCAGGAUCAGCACACACUGCUGUGUGAGGAUGGGUGGACUAUAAGCUAACAAUCUUGAAAUGCACUGAUUUAACUUUAUGGUGUGUAUUUUGUUUUUCUUCAGAGAUUAAUUAUGAUAUUCUGUAUGUUCGGAAUCUAUGAAAGCUCCACAAUGAGUUUUUGCACAUACACAAUGACAGUGUAAAUGUUUGACAAACUUGUACAUUUUGUGUCAUUUUAUGAAGGUCUAAAGGAAAAAUAGUAAAUCGGUAACUUUCAAUAGAAUUCAUAAGCAUGUGCCAUUACUUGUGUUUGUUGUGUGUUUGGUGGCAAAUCAUUGAGAGGGAGUCUGUGGUCUCAGGAAAUCAACAACAAAAAACCAUAUAAUAAUAUUGUUAGACUCAGUUAAAAGCAAUAAUUGUGGAAGCAUCUUGUUUGUUGUUAUGAGGGUAAAAAGGUUUUUCACACUGUGACUGCAAUAGUUAAUAUAACUUUAACCAGGGAUGGAGUCCAGACAGGUUCUUCUAAGCCCUAAACUAAGCCGAAUGUUUCGGACUUCCAUCAAUGUUUCAGGACAUUGUUUUGUUGCACCAUCAAAUGCAAUGGAAAACGGCUAAUUACACAAGCAAAACUACCUAUUGGAAUUAAACUGCUAAUUAUCAUAACAUACAAAUCAUUACUGUUGCUCUUGUUUAUCCAAUGCAGUGGAAGAAAGAUGACUGUAAUCAGAGAGGUGUUGUUUAUACAAGUCCAACUGCUCCAAUGUGUGGAGUCUGUAAGCAGGAAGAGCGAUUGGUGGUCAGCUGUUUUAUAUCAGCUAUAGCUCCCAAUAUGCAAACACAACCUCCACGUGCGAUUAGCCUCAUUCCUAAUCGACGUCGUCAUUAACUUUACAUUCUAACACGGUAUUUAAAAGUUGUCCAGCCUCUGUCGGUCCACAUGAAUUCACUUCCUGACGCAAUGUUUAAUUCCAUUGGCAAUCCUCCAAAUUGCCAAUCGCAAUUUGGAGGAUUGCGAUUGGCUGACAUAUUGACCCUGCUCUGCCCCCUAUGGGUUUGACAUGUUUAAAACACCGCACAGUGGUGUGAUUGCGCGGGCUUGUGUAAGAAUUAACACAGUUCUUACAUCAAUCAAGUGUGGAUGAGAUUGUUUUGUAAAAAUGAAUAUCUUUGCUGCCUUAAUUUAAACGGUUAAACGGUGUUGCACUAGGGUUGCUGUGUCUUUGUGCACUUUUGCCCAAAGAUUGAUAUAAGUUAGAAAUGAAGGCACUUGUAUGUAUUUUCCCUUGUGUCACUAGAUGUCCCUUCGCAUGGAUAAAAUUUACAAGUGCUUGCGAACACACAGACGCUCUUUGAAAUUGAAGAACCAACAUAGUUAACAACCACAGGCAGCAGGAUUUUACCAACUAGAACGGUGUGUUAUUUUUCUGCACUCUGAUCAUGUUGCUUUUCUCUCACAUCCAGCUUAUUGUGCGUCUGUGGGCGAAGAUAAAAGGGAGUUCAGAUUUUGUAAUUGUGACAAAAACUAAUUGGUCUCGAACCAGCCAUGACCCAGUUGGUCGAACAAGAACAACACCAAAACUGAUCCAAGGGCCAGGAAAAAAACCAAACAGUCGAGGCCGGUCUUAGCAGUCCAUCCCUGAUUGUAACAUUUAACUCUCACUAACAGUUUCAUUUCUGAGAAAUAUUCAAAUACUUUUAUUCCUUUGUUUUUAAAAUACCGGUGUUUCAUUAUGAAUAUAAUGUUUGUUUUUUCGAUUUUUUACACUUUCUGUUGUCCAAAUCAGCUGCUAUAUCUAUAUAAAAUAUUUAACUCUGGAAAACAUUUAAUAUAUUAAAUUUAACAUGAAAUGAAUCAGUGUCACUUGUUUGUAUCUUUGAUUUAUGGACUGAUCACCUGUGAGCGAUCAAUAUAUUGUAUAUAAGCUAAAAAAGUGAGACACUUCAGAUUAUGAUUGUUCAAAUUUGGGGCUUUAUUUUGUCCAUUGCGUUUUAUUUUUCAAAUAAUGUCUAUUAAUCACUUUAUUAAGUGAACAUAUUGUUGAAUGGCUUCACAAAAUAUGAUUUUAUGGUAAUACUUUUAAUAAAGUAGUGAACAGUUGAAAAUAUA